CCAAAGGCCUGGUUCAGGAGUGAUCCCGAGCCACCUGAAGCAUGAAGAUCAAGAUCAAGACAAUAACAAUACCCGCGGGUUCGACAGGACGAGCUACGUCCACGCUUCUCCCAGCCGGGGUUAAUGCGGACGUUGGAUUAUAUCAGCAAGAACAUCCCCGACAAGAACAAGAAUCCUCAACAACGCCACGCUUCCCUGGUGCUGUCUUCUCCCUUACUUUCAUCACUGCCUUGCACGACUCAAACUCAGUGACAUCACUUCACAUCCACUUGCUAAAAUUAUCCGAGCGUCUGAGUGACUUUCGAAAAUCGGGAUCAUACCUUUGUGAACUUCCAUCAGCAGACCGUGUGCCAUCACCAGUAGGGUCUGACCGUGACCCCACCACCUGCACGGCGCCAUCCCCAGACACCGUAGACAAGAACAUCUCCCUGCCCACUUGAUAUUUCAUUCGGAGUCGUUUGGACGUGGGUAGGAUAACAAUUUUAAGAUAAUAGGGAAGGGAGGUGACAGGAAGGGAGGUUUGAUACAAGACGAAAGAAGGGAGAGGAAAGGAAAAAGAAGGGAGGAAGGGACAGGCGCCGGAUAGGUGAGCAGUGAGUGCAGCUCACACAGCUGGAUUAUGGCAGAAGCCCAAGGAGGAAAAGAGGGAACCAAAGUAAAGUUACCGCCAAACCAGAAACACAAACAAGUUCCACUUAGUCAACUGUCAAGAGAGGAGCUGGAGGCCAGAGUGAGGCAGCUGGAGGCUCACAACACACAGUUACGCAACCUCCUCUCCAAGAGCCAGACUGGAAGCACAUCAGACUCCUCCUCCACCCAUGGAAAGUCACCAAAACAGAGAGACUUUGAUUUCUCAAAGUACUCACGCAGACAUGUGGCACUCAAGCUGUGUUACCUGGGUUGGGACUACCAAGGGUUUACAGUGCAAGAAGAUUCCCACAACACUAUUGAGGCUCAGCUUUUUGCAGCUUUGCUCAAGACCAGACUAAUUGAGUCAAGAGAGACCUCCAACUACCACAGGUGUGGCCGCACAGACAAGGGUGUGAGUGCCUUUGACCAGGUGAUUUCUAUCACCCUGCGCAGUAAAGUGAGAAAUGGGAUUGGGGUGGAAGGCAUCAGCCAGAAAGAAGACUCCUCCACCACUGAUAGACUGAAAGAGCAUGAAGAAGAAGAGGAGGAAGAGGAAAUAAAUUAUGUUCAGCUACUUAAUAGAGUCCUUCCACAGGAGAUAAGAAUUCUAGCCUGGUGCCCUGUGCCUCCAGAAUUCUCUGCCAGGUUUGACUGCUGCCAGCGCACCUACAAGUACUUCUUUCCUCAAGGCAGUCUUGACUUACUGGCUAUGAAUAAAGCUGGCCAGCACCUGGUGGGGGAGCACGACUUCCGCAACCUAUGUAAGAUGGACGUGGCCAACGGUGUGGUGAACUUCAAGCGCCGCAUCAUGGCAGUGAAGGUGGCAAGGGUGGAUGAAGAGAAUGAUGAGGGCACAGUUGGAGGUGAAGAUGGUGUUGUAAUUGAAAGGAAUAGUGGCAGUGAUGGUUAUGAGAUGUGUGUGGCCACUAUAGAGGGUCAAGCCUUCCUGUGGCACCAAGUGAGAGCUGUGAUGGCAGUACUAUUCCUGGUAGGACAAGGCAAGGAGCAGCCAGAUGUGGUAACAGAAUUGCUGGACAUAAAGACUCAUCCAAGGAAACCCCAGUAUUGUCUGGCUAGCGACCUGCCCCUCAACCUGUGGGCAGUUCAUUUUGACAGUAUAGUGUGGCGCUGGGAUGAGGACGAGCUUCGGCGCCUCCUUGGGCAGUUGCAGGAAAUGUGGACACAGCAAGCAGUCCGCAACACCAUGACCAGAAGUAUGCUGAAGGAUCUGGAGAUUCGCUACAAAAAAUUGAUAAGAGCAAGGGAAACAAGGAAAGGCAAGAAAGAGGAGGAAAAAUUACCAGGAAAUAAUGAACCAGAGAUAAAGAAAAUGAAGAUAGAGGAGGAAAAACUACCUGGAAAUAAUGAAUCAGAGAUGAAGAUGAAGAUGGAGGAAGAUGAUGAGGGAUGGAAAGUGAAGGAGCAACCCACAGUCUUGAUGUCAAGCACCAGAUGCAAGGUUUACCGUCCUCUUCUUUCACGACCAACUUGUGAGAGUCUGGAAAAGCGGGUUGAGCACUACAUCAAGAAACAAAGGCUAGAUCCUGAUCUGCUGAAAAAACUUGAUUCAUGAAGCAGACCUUUAGAGUGGAUGACUUUGAUUUAUGGUGAAGAAUGAAAUUCACCACAUUUAUUUACAUCUCAUUUUUAUCUCUUUAUUUAUUUAUUUAUUUUUAUUUAUUUAUUCAUUUUUUUAUUAUUUCUUUCACCAUAAACCUAUGCCAAGAAAGGCCCUGCAUUAAGUGGCCAUGGUAGUGCUGUGCUGUAUCUUACAGUGUCCUGUAAGUAAUUAUAUUUACUCAUUUCUUUUUUCUUUGCAACCAAUAGAAUAUGUAAUUUUGUUUUCCUUACAUGUGACACAGAGUUCUUCCUUCUAAUAUAUUGAUCUUCAAUUAUAUCAUCUUUUGGUAAUUAAGAUGUCAAGAAUGGAUAGACUGAUGACAAGUCUGGCUCCCCUAGAUGUUGACCAACAUAGCUAUAGAUGUAUUUUGCUCUGAGCAUUUAGGUGUGGCCCCUUUGGGCAUUCAGCUUUCUGCUGCCUUGCUAAAUCUACCUGCAUUGUGCAUAGAAUGAUCUGAGAAUACCCUCACCUUUAUUAAAGUUCUUCUAUUGGCCUUUUCUUGUCAGAAAUAUUUAUAUUUUUCUUCAUAAAUAAGUUUAUUCUCACAACUGUGAAGCAUACCAGAGCAUGUGGCAGGUGUGGGAGAGAAACUUUUCAUUGUAUGUAAGUGACCAGAGGAAGUCAACUGCCUCCACCUGAUCUGUGGUGCAUGGCCAUGGCUGGUCACUGUAUAACCUUGACAACAUUGGAAAGCAGCACUACAUAGUGUCGUGGCAUAUACAUUAAAAUCAUUGGUAUCAUUCUCAAAGUGAAACAUUCAUAUUUUACAUCCUUAUUAAGAAAAUGGAUGUAUUCAGAUUAAUCUUGAAGCAAUAAAUAGUUGACAUAUCAAACAGAAAGAUGAGUAUUGUGACUGACAUGGCAGAGCAACAGACAGGGGAAUCCCCAAGGGGGUCACACCUAAAUGCUCAGUACAGAAUGGAUUUAGUAUGACUGAGAGGCAUGUAGAUUCAGUGUAUAGAGUUUAUGAAGAUUUCAAUUUCCAUUAGAGUGCAUUCUUUGAGCUGUAAUUUUUUUUUGUCAUACUAUUAUUUUAUAUAAGGAAAUAUAUUGAAUAAGAAA